AUGUCAAAACAAGACGUUAUUUAUGUUCGUGGUAUAGAAUCUUGUGAAUUUAGGUAUGAAUGGACAAUUGAAAACUUCAUUGACUGUAACGAACUAAUUGAAUCACCAAUUUUUUCAUCUCAUUAUUCUGAUUUUAACGAUAAAUGGAUUUUAAUAAUAUAUCCAUACUAUAGAUUCAUUGAUGAUAAACCAUAUAUUAUGGUAGAGCUACAACUUCAAUCAUUUAAUAAUACUUCACAAUUACGAGCAAAAUGUACAAUAUCAAAUGAUGAUAUGAAUGAAGUAACUAAGUCACAUACUUUUAGUGAAUUUCAAGAAAAAAUCAGAUGGAAUAAUUAUAGAGUUUUGAAUUCAACCAGUCCAGGUGCAAUUUAUAGGCGUGUACAAGAUGGUAAACUUAAAAUUUGUUGUACCAUAACGAUGUCUAAAGAAUUAACGAAUGAUUGCGCUGUAGUUUCAACAUUUAUUGAACCACCACAACUAAGUCAAGACUUCAAAAAACUUUUGUUGAAUGAAAAAUCAGCUGAUGUUACCAUUGAAGUAGGUCGAAAAUCAUUUCGUGCAAUCAAAGGCGUUCUUGGAGCACGCAGUCCUGUUUUUUCUGCAAUGUUUGAUCAUCAAGAUCUCAAAGAAAAUAAAAAAAACAUAGUUGUCAUUACAGAUAUUGAUGAAGAUGUUUUUGAAGAAUUUCUACAUUUUAUUUAUACAGGUGAAUCACCAAAUAUUGACAAAAUGCCAAUGGAACUACACUGA